AUGUCAAUGCGUGUCUUUCAAUUCUACGUAUUUUUAUUUCUGUUAAUAUUUUUUUUUAUCUAUCUAUCUAUCUAUCUAUCUAUCUAUCUAUCUAUCUAUCUAUCUCAGCAUCAGCAGCAAGCGGGCCAAUUAAGCAGGACGAAGGCGACGAUCUUCCCGGCUGCAGAUUACACUCGUCAUCAUUCCAGGGUGCGUGGCGUCAAUGUUACGGAGAAUUUUGCGUCUCUCGAACAAAUCUUCCUUACUCUUUUACGCUUUCUUCUUGUUUUUCUUCGUUCUCUGCUACAUGCUCACUUGAACGAAUUAAGGAUGUCGCGGAGAAACGAAGGCGGGAAAAAAGAUAUAUUUUUCCCGCCUUGGUUCCUCCGCAACCUCCUUAACUCAUUCCUUCUUUCUCCCUUUCCUUAUUUCCUUCUCCCAUUCAUUCAUUCAUUCAUUCAUUCAUUCCUUCCUUCCUUCAUUCCUUCCUUCCUUCCUUCCUUCCGCUCUCAUUUCUGCUCCUUUUCAUUUAUCUUCUUUCUUUCUUUCUUUUUUCUUUCUUUCUUUUUUCUAGCCUUUAUUUCUCUUUCUUUUCAUUUAUCCUUCUCUUUUCCUCUUUCUUUCAUUCCAUCUCCUCCAUUGCUUCCUUCUUUUCUUUUUCCUUUUUCCCUAGUAAGAAUCAAUGUUUUUUGUUUGUUGGUUGAUUUUUUUUCGCAUUUCUUUCAUGUUUUCUUUCCCUUUUUUUCACUUACAAUUUAUCCUUUUCCUCCUUUUUGCCUCUUUUCCUUCCUCUGUUCAUAUUCUUUGUCUCUUCUUUUCUUUUUCUUAUACUCUUCUCACUGCCUUCCUUCACUCAUUUCUUCUUUGAUUUUGAUCUUUUCUUUCUCGCUUUACCCGACUCCGUUUCUUUUUAAAUUCUUCCUCAUUGGCGUUCAGCCGUUAUCUUCUUUGUUUUUCCCUUCAUCUCUUUCACUCUCAUUCUUUCUCCCUUCACCAAUCCCUCACUUGGUUCUUUCUCUCUGUCUAUCUCUCUUUCUGUCUCUGUCUCUCUCUCUAUCUCUCUAUCUUUGUUUCUGA